AUCCGGCCUGCUUUUCAAUGGUCUUUGGCUUGGUGCGCGAAUUGACAGCAGUUGUCAAAAUAGCCCAUAAAGAUGUCCGAGACGAAUGACGACUCGCUUACCUUCGAUUUGGGCAACGAUGAUCCUGCCAUUCUUAAUGAGGAUGAACUGCUGCUAUCCGACGACGAGAACGGCAUUAAACUCGACCAACCGGAUGAAGAUUUUCUGCUGGAAGACACGGACGAUUGGGUUAGCAAAGAGUUAGCGUCGAAGGAAAGUGAACCGGCGGGUAGCAGCAGCAGUGUUGUGGCGGAGCAUGUGCGCAAGAAUGAUGACAGUCCAACGCAAAGUGUGCCCAGUUACAGCCGAACGUUUGGAUCGCAAAGUGAAUCAAGAAGCCCGUGCGAUGCGAGUGACACAGCACGAACCGGUUACCAUGAAAGUACGCAUCCGCCGGUGCAGCAAAAGAACGUCGUGGAACCGCCUGUCGAAGUAAAUCGAACGAGGGACAUCUGCAGUAGUGCCACGAAUGCGACGGAUGAAAGUAAACUGUCCGCUAGAAACGAUGAGACGGUAGUGAGUGUUGAAACUACAUCACCUGCCACCGCAGGAGGCGAUGAAGCAGCACCGGUCGGUUUUGCUGAAACAAAUCCGGCUCACGAUUUGGUUGCGGUCGAGUCGAAAGAAUCGUUACGCUCGUCAUCAUCGUCAGCGCUGGAUGAUAGAUCGACGGUGGCCUCAUCCGUCGAGUACAGUACGUCUGUUCAAACGCUUGAAGAGGCGUCCCCACUGUCUAGCAGCACACGCCUAACAGAAAAGACAACCGCCAGCGAACAGUGUGAUACGACAUCUUCCGAAGAGGUGCUGUACCUGUACACCAACAACCAGGAGCACGACGGUUCGUACGAUACGGAUGAACAGAGUGAAAAGCGUGGCUGGAAAAACGAAACGAAAAACGAUGCACGACACCUGAUGCACGCUCAGCACGUUCACCAGCAGCAGCAGCAGCAACAGCAUCAUGGAUCUUCAGGUACGGCGGGAAACCGACAACAGGCAGGUUAUGGGAAACCCGGCAUGAAGCAUCCACUGUUACCUCCACAACAGCUCAUGCAGCAUGGUUCCGGCAUGAUUGCACCGAACAUACUUGGCCCACAUCGGCCGAACAAUUUCGGUAGCAUGCAUCCGGGUGCCCGGAUGGACUUUCGACCGGGCAACCGACAGCGCUACCCAUUACGGCCCGGUUUCGGGCCGGAAAUGAUGAACCCUUUCCGCGGCAUGGGUCGAAUGAACUUUCCACCUGGUCCGCUUCCACCCGGUAUGCAUCCCGGUGUGCUAAUGCAGGGCGGCGGUCCCGGUGGCCCCAUGCCACCAAUGCGUGGUUUUCCUGCCCGUGGACAUCCGUACGAAAUGGGACGACACAUGGUGCCACGUUUGAUUCGUCCGAUGGGUGGUGCAAAUGGGCCACAAAUGUUUCGAAACGCUGGUCCACCGGGCGGCCCAGGAGGGACAGUGAAAGGUCCGACGCAGCAAGGACCUUUCGGGCCUGCCGGAUCGCAAGGACAACAAGGGCAAAUCGGUAACCCAGGAGCUGGUAUGAAUGCCGCACCACCACCACAACCACCACCACAAUCGCUUCUGUCCGGAACGUUCGACCCUAUGACGGUAGGCGGAGGAAGUGGUGCUGCGGGAGGUGCCGUUGGUAGUGCAAGUGGUAGUGCCAUCACCGGUGGAACCGUCGCCAAUCCCAUCCAGCCAGCACCGGCACCAGUUCCCGGAUUUCCGCAGAAAGUGCUGAUCAAUCCUAAUUUUAAAGGUGGUGUUGAAGCGGUCAAGAAUCAGUUAAUGCGUGAUGCAGCCCUUAGCUCGCAGCAGUUUGUGGCCGGUGUUAGUGCGCGGCACGUGAGUGAUGCCGAGCUGUUGCGCCAGCAGGAAGAAUUCAUCAAUAAAAACCGCAUCGAGGUGGAAAAGCGCCGACACGAACGUUCACCUUCGCGCGAACGGGAACGCGAUCGGGAUCGCGACCGAGAUCGCGCCAGAUCGCGUGACCGGGAACGAUCGCGCGAGCGGGAACACCGUGACCGUGAGCGGGAACGGGACCGUGAACCAUUGCGGGGUCGUUCGAGGGAUAGAUCGAGAGACCGGGACCACCGUGAUAUGCGACCGCGAUCGAGGGAACGGGACCGCGAUCGGGAGUACUCGCCGCGCCGGUAUCAUCGCGGUGGCAGCAGGGAUCGGGAUAUGAGCCGGCCAGGUCGUCGAAACUUUGGGCGCAGUCGAAACGCUAGCAGGGAGCGGGACGACGACAGUCGGUUCCCGAAGCGACGGAAGAGCAGCGACUACGGUGAAAACAAUCGGGGGUACUAUGAGCGAAAUGACGAUGAUGAGGAUCCCGAAACGAGGGCUUAUCGGAUGGAAAUCGAAAAGCAAAAAGCUACGCGUGAAAAAAUGUUACGCGAAAAAGAGAUGCGCCGUAAGCGGGCGGCAGAGGAGAAGCUUAAAUCACGAACAAAUGAUGCAAAACCUCAGGAGAACACUCCACCCAAGCUGACUCCGUUGGUUGUGACGGAGAAAAAAAUAAUAACCCUGAAAAAGAAAUCAGAACCGGCCGCAAACGAACCGAUGCGUCGAUCGUCUGUCGAGCGCACGAACAACAAUGCGCGGACGGUGAUCGAUCAGCAGGAUCGCACCCGUACGCGGCUAGACAACGAACCGCAGUCGAGCGAUGGUACCAGCGAUCGGCAGCGCCACAACAGUGAACUAAACUCGGAAGCAAUCGAGCUGGAUCUGCUGGAAGAGUUGCUGCUCCGUGAACCGACCCCGGAACCGAUGCCAUCGAAACCGCGUGUGACGACCAGCAGCGGUCAGGUGUCGACCACGAGUGGUACGGGGAUGGUUAGCACGUCCUCGAAACCUGCCGAUGGUACGGCGGUGAAGGUCAAUCGAGAACGACACAGCGCAACAACGAUCAGCAGCGGCACGGGAGGAGGUGGAUCAACGGUUGGAGGUGGUGGUAGCAGCCGACGAAUCGUCGUAAUGAAGCAGACCAACGACCGGAAGGACAGGAUGGAUGGCGGUGGUGGGCUGACGUCCGGGCUACAUCAUGCAACGGCGACCAGCAGCACCAACAACCGGAAGACACGGAUCUUCGAUCGGCUGGACAAACGGAUCGGCGUAAAUGAGGCCGACAAGCGCAAAAUUCAGAGGUUAGUCAAGGAUAAUUAACCGUGUCUCUGCACCAGCAGUCAUCGAAACACGAUCUUUAGUAAUGAUGUUAUCUCGAAUGCACCUCACACGCACUCGGGUGUGUGAUCGUGUGCACCUUAAAUUCGGGGAACAUUUUGGUUUGAAGAUUGAUCGCGCGAUGGUGCGAUACUUUGCAGGACAAAUUUUUUUACCACCUACUCGGUUGGUUUAGAGCAUAAUAGUCCUGGCGGAUGAUACCAAUACGCCGUAGAUUUUAAUCUUAUCACAUAGGAAGGAAGGAAAAAGUGCGCAUCCGAGUCACGUACCGCUUGGGUGUUAUUUUUUUCGAUUAGCUUUUUUUUAAAUAAUUUUUACUUUAUUUCCUAAACGCUUCUAAUGAGCCGUUCAACGCUUUUGCUCUGGCGCAUAUUUCGAAACUAUACACACACGGAUGUAAUAUGGGACAACAGCAAGUUCAAUUAAUUACUAGCGUUAUCGUAUUUCCAAAUUCGGAAGGGCUCAAAAAUGUCAGUUACAGUUUAUGCAAAUUUCGUAUUAAAUAUUUUUUCCCCGUAUCACAUUGUGUGAUACCUGUGGAAGAGACGUUUGCGUUUUUCCUAACAUCCAGGUAAUACCGUGAAAGCAUUUUUGUUUUAUUUAGAUAAUUUGAAUAGUUUUUACCGCACAUUUUACCUCUCAGACUAAUUUCUGUUUCUUUUCCUUGAUAUUCAAAAUCCGUUCUUCGUGUUUUUUGUUGCAACAAAUGUGUUUUAGACGACUGUUCCCUUUCAUUAUUGCCGGGAACCAUUCAGUGUGUAUCUCCGUGUGUAUGUGUGAGUAGGAAGAUACUAGUUGUGUAAAGUUUUAGGAUUUUGGUAAGGUUUUUUUUGUUUGUUUUGUUUCGAUUGAGUUAUUUUAAGCAAAACAAAUUUUGCAAAUUACGCAUUGUGUAUGUAUUUCGUACGUUGCUUUUUAGCAGCAAAUUAGUUGCCAACGUGUAUGCAACAGCACCCCCUCCCUCGAUAGUAAUGGUAGGAGGAGACAAAUUUGAUAAAAAGGAAAUAAUAACAUUCAAUACAACAACACUACUAGGCGUACAGGAUAAAAAAGAAAACGAGAGAAAGAGAGAGAGAGAGAGAAAGGGUAAAAACAAAAUCGGUUUGUUACUACAAACAAUUGAGCAAGUUUAACUAACCACUUUAUAGCAAAACCUUGUAACUUUCUCCCCUUUAUUAUCCUUGCUGAUGCAGGAUGCAGUCCCCCUCAACCCCCUUUGAUACCGCUGCUGGUACUUGGUAAUACCAUUUUUUAAUUCCUGACCAUUUUCCCCUUGAAUCUUAAUUGUAACUUUUUGCAAAUUAAUGCACACCGCAUUUGCCGGAACACUACUUUAAGAAUAACCAAUAAAAUAAAGUAUGGAAAGCUGUUCAUUCAAAUACGUGUGAGAAAGCGUAGCCUAAUACCAAAAAAAAAAACAAACAAAACGUGUGUAAGCGUGAUUUUAUUCGUGUAAAUACCCCGUUGCCUUCUAUUAAUUAGGUGUUAUCGUUUGCCUACUCCCACAGCCGGGAUAAAGGGAUUUUUAUCGUUUCAUUGUAGUAUUCAGUAUACUUUAAAUUCUAGUGUUAAGGGUUAGCUACUAUAAGAGUGUAUGCGAUUAGUAGAUCACAGCCGAUCACGUACGCGAUCGUUCGCCAAUGUGUGUGUGCUCUAGCUAACGUUUGUAAACGUAACGAAGGCAUGCACGGACGACACAUACAUUUGUUAUUAGUAGAAGUAGUAUCAGCAUCUUAAGUGUCAUAUGUCAGAAUUGCGUACGACGAGUGUUAGUGUAUCGGUGUGCAGAGAAACCUCGUGCAGGGGUUUGCGCUUCAGUUUGCGCCCGAUCCACACCACUAUGGUAGAUAGAACGGUUCAAAAUGUGACAAGCGAACAGUACAAAGCAACACAAAAGACAUGUAAUUGGAAGUAAGCGUUACGCUGGAAGUACAUUCCACGAUAGGAAAAGGCACGGUUGCCACAAAAACGUACGGCCAAUACUUGUGAUAAUGUUUACUCAUAUCUAUCUCCUUCUCAGCGGAGCAGAGCGUCUGCAUAUAUCUGUCUUCUGAUCGUCUGCAUUUAUAGUAAUAUUAAGUAGCAAACAUGACAAAGUUAAGCAUUGUGCUGUAUACUGCGUUGCGGUAAACUAGUAACUAACAGCCGGCAACAGUUGUCUUAGACGACAAGUACGAAAUGCUAAUGAUACAUUCAACCACAUUCCAGUCGUUUCCCACAAAUACGACAUUAAUGUUUACUUAAUUUUUAGUUUACGUAAAAUCAAUUGAAGAAAAAACACUCCAUACUACUACCGUUUAGGUGCAUCAGCUGAUCGUAGUGAGAUGGAAAAGUAUUGCUGCUUAGGUUAUCUACUUCCAGUAGAUCAUAUGCUGGUUGAUCAGUGCAUUUAUCUAGCUGUGUUCGCGGGGAGAGAAAAACAUUCGUAUCGGUCUCCUUUACACGAUCACCACUAUCUUUCACGACACAAUGGAUUUUUGUUUCUUUAUUAACUUUUAUGUUCUGGAGGGAACUGUUUUUGGGGCGAAACACUCCGCUUGUAUGUGUGGUCCUGUUUUCUGCACCAUCGAUGCGACAUUGCAGACAGGUUCUAGUAUUGCUUUCUACCCAGCAUGGGUUCUUUUUAAAAUUGGGUGGAACUUUGGAACAACAUCAAUAACAACAUAAAAUCAAUUUCAUUCCAAAAAAACUCCACCACCAAACAAAAAGAUGCGAAAAAAAAUUAAUCUCGCCAAACCGGAGCAAAAUAAAACCUUUCGUUUUUGCAAAGGAUUUUUCUUAACAAAAGUUGAUCUAGGUGUUUGAUUUCAUUUGUUUGAAAGAAAAAUGUGGUAGUACUUAGUAAUAAUAACUAAUUGUAUUUUUUUAAAAGUAUUAACUAAUUUACUAAAAAAAGGAAUAUAUUUAUAAACUUGAGCUUUUUUGUGGCAAAUUUUUUGUUUUUGAUACUUAUACGAAAUACACGACAUUUUAAUGUUGAAUGUGGUUUACUUACCCGUGAAACGACUGGAAAGCAUUCGCUUCGGAAGCUUCGGACUUUGCUUUUACACACUGGGAUUUUUUUUAUUUUUUUCUUCUUUCACAUUUUACAUUUGAAACACCACACUCGCCUACAAAGGCCACAUUACAAAAUACACGAAUUGCCGCAAUAAGCUCUUUGG